AUGGCUUCUUUCCAAGAUCGUGCCCAGCACGCCGUUGCUCAGCUCGACAAGGAGCUCUCCAAGUACCCCGUCCUGAACAACCUGGAGCGUCAGACUUCUGUCCCCAAGGUCUACGCCGUCCUGGGUCUGGUUGGCGUCUACUUCUUUCUGGUUUUCUUCAACAUUGCUGGUGAAUUCCUUGUCAACCUCGCCGGCUUUCUCCUCCCCGGUUAUUAUUCCCUGCAGGCCCUCUUCACCUCGGGCACUGCGGAUGACACCCAGUGGCUUACUUACUGGGUUGUAUUUGCUUUUAUGACCGUUCUUGAGAGCGCCGUCAGUGCCGCUUACUGGUUCCCCUUCUACUACAUCUUCAAGUUCGUCCUUGUGCUCUGGAUGGCUCUUCCCCAGACCAACGGCGCCCAAAUCGUCUUCCACUCCUUCCUCCAGCCUGUUGUUGGCCGCUUCUUCUCCAGUUCUGGCACCUCCACCAACCUGCGCGCUCAGGCCGAGGCUGCCGCCAAGGACCAGUAA